AGAAGGUAUUUAAGGAUACAAUAUCCUCUCCCUUUCCUAACAUUUUCAUCUCCGUUACGAGUCUCUUCUAGUCUUCUCUCUUUGUGCGACAUAUACUACUAUAUUACUCUAUAUAUCGAACCUCAUAUUCCCGCAAAAAUGGUGCAUCUAGCCAAAGUACCCAACGCGGCUGAAAUGGCGGAAGGCAGUUUACCCGAGGUCGUCAAGAAAAUCAGUCUGCAGCUAAGUAACGACGAAGACAGCUUCACGACUAGCGUCUAUGGGUCGAAGUUCGCGGCCGAGGACCUCCCCAAGCACGAAAUGCCAGAGGGCGAGAUGCCCAAGGAAAUCGCUUACCGCAUGAUCAAGGAUGAGCUAAGCCUAGAUGGUAAUCCGAUGCUUAACCUUGCCUCAUUUGUUACCACAUACAUGGAAGAAGAGGCUGAGAAGCUUAUGGCUGAGAGCUUCUCUAAGAACUUCAUCGACUAUGAGGAAUAUCCCCAGUCGGCCGACAUCCAGAACCGAUGCGUGUCUAUGAUUGGCCGGCUAUUCAAUGCCCCCACUGAGCACGAGGAGGGUGGCGGUGCUGUCGGCACCUCAUGUGUCGGAAGCUCUGAGGCCAUCAUGCUGGCUGUGCUAGCCAUGAAGAAGCGGUGGAAGAACAAGCGCGUUGCCGCUGGCAAAUCUACUGACAAGCCUAACAUCAUCAUGUCAUCGGCUGUUCAGGUAUGUUGGGAGAAGGCCACGCGUUACUUCGAAGUCGACGAGAAACUGGUCUACUGUAGCCCCGAGCGCUUUGUCAUCGAUCCUAAGGAGACCGUCGACCUGGUAGAUGAGAACACAAUCGGUAUCUGUGUUAUAUUAGGGACGACUUAUACUGGAGAAUACGAGGAUGUCAAGAGUGUUAAUGAUCUGCUAGUGGAAAGGGACCUCGACAUCCCUAUCCAUGUCGACGCUGCUAGUGGUGGCUUUGUAGCCCCUUUCGUCGUUCCGGAUUUGGAAUGGGACUUCAGAUGCGAGAAGGUUGUGUCUAUUAACGUCUCCGGACACAAGUACGGCCUAGUAUAUCCUGGUGUCGGUUGGGUGGUAUGGCGAGACGCCAAAUACCUCCCCCAGGAGCUUGUCUUCAACAUAAACUACCUAGGCGCUGAUCAGUCAUCCUUCACGCUAAAUUUCUCCAAGGGCGCUUCCCAAGUAAUCGGACAAUACUACCAAUUAAUCCGGCUAGGCAAGAAGGGCUACAAGGCCAUCAUGUCCAACCUAACGCGUACGGCGGACUACCUAUCCGACUCUCUCACAGCUCUCGGAUUCGUCAUCAUGAGCAAGAAGUCCGGCGAGGGCCUACCGCUCGUAGCCUUCCGACUCGCAGACACAGAGACGGAGCGCAACUACGACGAGUUCGCGCUGGCGCACAAGCUGCGCGCGCGGGGCUGGGUAGUACCCGCGUACACCAUGGCGCCACACACCAACGACCUGAAGAUGCUACGCGUAGUCGUGCGCGAGGACUUCACGAAGAACCGCUGCGACUCCCUCAUCACCGACAUCCGGUACUGCCAACAGCUGCUCGACCAGCUCGACAAGGAGUCUAUCCUCAAGCAGGAGGAGUUCAUCCGCAAACAUGCCAUGAACAGCGGCCAGGCAAAACACAACCACCCCCGCUUCCGCAAAGAGAAGCAUUCCAUCCAGGGGAAGCAUGGGAAGACGCAUUCGAUUUGCUAGAAUUCGUUGGUGUGGUGGAUAUCUGUGUCUGAUGUUUAUUAGCAAUGUAGUGGGAGGGUGGAUGAUAUAAGGGGGUGGGUAUG